GCUGAAUACAAGGAGGAACACCACUUGUGCUGAAAAUACAUCGUGCUGUUCAGGAUGGACUUCUGUCCUGCUGAAUCAACUGGCUUGAGUGAGGCUGAAGAGGCUGAAUUAGAGACGAUCAGGAAGCACAAACAGGAGCUGUUGGAUGACAUUAAGAAGCUGAAGGAGGAGAUUGCUGAGGUGGUUGCAGAGAUUGAGCGUUUCCAAGAGGAGAAGCAAGAGGCAGACAGUAAUCCUGGAGAGCAGACCAGGCAAGUGGACAAGCUGUCACAGAGGGAUAAAAUUCUGUCCCAGGGCCGGAAGAAGUUCAACAUGGAUCCUGAGAAGGGGAUCCAGUACCUGAUCGAGCAGCAGGUGUUGUCCUCAGACCUGCAGGAGAUCGCCAGAUUCCUCCACAAGGGUGAAGGCCUGAACAAGACAGCCAUUGGGGACUACCUGGGUGGGAGGGAUCCCACAAACAUUCAGAUCCUCCAGGCCUUUGUGGCGUGUCACCAGUUUGCCAACCUCAACCUGGUGCAGGCACUGAGACAGUUCCUCUGGAGCUUCCGGCUGCCGGGGGAGGCACAGAAGAUCGACCGGAUGAUGGAGGCCUUUGCCAGCUGGUACUGCAAGUGCAACCCAGGAGUGUUCCAGUCCACAGAUACCUGUUAUGUACUCUCCUUCUCUAUCAUCAUGCUUAACACCAGCCUGCACAACCCCAAUGUGAAAGACAAGCCCCACUUUGAAAGGUUUGUGUCCAUCAACAGAGGCAUCGACAAUGGAGGGGACCUGCCAGAAGAGCUUUUAAAGAAUCUGUUUGAGAGCAUCAAGAACGAGCCGUUCUCCAUACCAGAGGACGAUGGCAAUGACCUCACCCACACUUUCUUCAACCCCAACCGUGAAGGCUGGCUGCUGAAACUAGGAGGGCGUGUGAAAACCUGGAAACGCCGUUGGUUCAUUCUGACCGCUAACUGCCUGUAUUACUUCGAAUAUACCACGGACAAAGAGCCUCUGGGCAUUAUCCCCUUGGAGAAUCUAUCAGUCCGGAAGGUGGAUGAUCCCAAAAAGCCAAACUGCUUUGAGCUCUUCAAUCCCAACUGCAAAGGGCAGAAGAUCAAAGCCUGCAAAACAGACGGGGAUGGGAAGGUGGUUGAAGGCAAGCAUCAGUCCUACAAGAUCUCAGCACCCACUCCAGCAGAGCGUGAUGAGUGGAUUGAGGCAAUACGGACCAGCAUCACACAGGAUCCUUUCUAUGAUCUGGUCUCUGCCCGUAAGAAGAAGAUUGCCAGCAAAAACUGAACCAUGGCCUGGUCACCGGCAUCAGAAAGGUGUAGGUUACUGGACAGCUUCCCUUUCACCCUGGGCUCUUCCAGUGAAGAAAUCUGGGAGCUUUGGUUCCCUCUGCCUCCCACGUGGCAGGCAGAUGACUGACAGGACAGCUUUCCCUCUUUGCUUCUUCCCCUUCCAAGCUGAAGGCAGAGGCACUGAGGACUGUCCAAACUGUGGGCGUGGGGUUGCCCAUGUCCAAACGCAAAGGCUCAACAGCAGCUGGGCUUGGGGCUCUCCCAUGCAGCCCCAGACAUGUGGGGUGGGAUCUGAGAGGAGACAGGAAUGUCUGCACAGUGUCUCCAGCCCCUCCUGUUGAGGGACCAUCAGAUUCUCUUGGAGCAGCUGAGCACAGUCCAGCCAGCUGCAGAGCAGAAAGGCCCCAGAGGUUUCUCUUCCAUGGACAGAUGUGUAGUGGUUGUGGGGUGGAGGCCACCAAUAUUUAGAAACUCACUGUGAAACCAGAGGUCAAGGUAAGAUAAGAGGCCCUCAGUUCAGAAGAAAUCCCUCUCUCCCCCUUCCUAAAGCCUCUAGUGAGGGCUCUAAUCCUGGGAAGCCCCCGCUCUGUAACUGAGUAAGAGAUUUUAAGAAGUUAAAGAUACUGGAUCCCUGUUCAGUGUAAGGGCUAACUGAGCAUAGAGAUGCUGUGGGACCGGGAAAGCAGCUCUGGGUGUUUUGUCUCUCUUUUUUGGGACUCAUGGACAACCACAGAUUUCCUUAGGGAAGAAACCCAAACCCUAGCUCUGCUUCUGGCCGGUGGUUCCCCAGCAAGGGGUGGUUCCCUGAGCAGCUCAGGAGCCUGGGUUUUGUUUCUGAAAGUUUUGCAGUCAGAUGGUCUGAAAAAUUGGAGGUACAUACAUGUCCCCACUAGCAUACACACACACAGAGGCAUUCAUCCCCAUCUUCAUACAAUGGUAUCAUCUGGAGU